AUGGCUGCUGACUUCUUGGUCCAUACUAUCAACCGCGUCGACGGCGCGGUCAGAGUGAGAGCACAGACUGCAGGGAAGAGAUACUGGCGCUCAGAGCUCGCUGGUAUUGAGGGAUGGGAAUCCCAUCCACCUCAAUCAUUCAAUCUUGCACCAGACUACCUGGAAAAUAUCCGAUUGUCGCGUCUUCACAGUCGAAGGUGGCCAUGCGAAGGAAGGAGGGGCGGGGGCAUGUUGACACUGGCUGAAAACAUGUUGGGCGGAGCUGGGAAGUUGUGCCGCCGGCCUGUCAUCUCUUUUCCAGUUGUACGACACUGCGGGAAACGUAGAAACCAUCCGGGGUUAUACAAGGCAUUCGCUUUGAGGGUGGCGGGUGAGCAUGGCCUUCAGGGUCUGCUUGUACCGGACGCAGGGUUCGAAGUCGAUGUUGGAGCUCGUGCUGGCUGCAUCGUUCAUUCCCGAUUCAUUGGAGGACCCUGGUGUUGGCAAGAGUUGCGAGUGGGCUGUGGGCUAAUGACGCUUGAUUGGGGGACCUUGGUUUUCGAGGCUGGAAUCAGCUCGACCUUCGAUCUUCUGCGCUCUUCUGGUAGGGUCUUCCUGACUCGAGGCACCGAAACAAAGUGUAUUGUUUUGAAUCUUGAAUCUUCCCCUCCUCCACCAAAGCCAGACCCGUGGGGACGACCGAGUCACUCAGAGUCGGGAUUGGGCGGGGCAAGGGCGGGAGCGACGGGCGGGCAUCACGUGACACCGCCCAACAUGAAACGCGUUGUCCCCAAGAGCCCCGAUGAAAUGCAGGAAGACGCCGUCACGAGGCGGGAAUGCGAGCAGACCUCAAGAACGGAAGCAAGGGUACUGGCGAUUUGGCGGGAUUUCGAAAAUUCCUUGCUUUCGACGUCUUCAAGUGCGGUCUGCGACAAUAUGAAAAACGUCGACAACGAUGCUGUGUGA